AUGGGAUUCUGGGUAAGGAGCUGUACGGGCAGGCGACGGAGAAGCUGGCGGAAGGGGCUCAGUCGUCUCUCUUGGUGCCCUUGCCUUUUGCAGGGAAUUCCAGAGCAGUGGGCCAGGUUAUUGCAGACUUCAAACAUAACGAAACUGGAACAGAAGAAGAACCCGCAAGCCGUUCUGGACGUCCUCAAAUUCUACGAUUCCAAAGAGACCGCAAACAACCAGAAAUAUAUGAGCUUUACAUCGGGAGAUAAGAGCGCCCACGGAUACAUCGCAGCCCAUCCUUCGAGCACAAAAACAGCCUCGGAACCUCCUCUAGCUCCUCCAGUGUCGGAAGAAGAGGACGAGGAAGAUGAAGAGGAGGAAGAUGAUAAUGAACCACCGCCUGUAAUUGCCCCACGUCCAGAACACACAAAAUCAAUUUAUACACGCUCUGUGAUCGAACCCGUUGCAACUCCAGCGCCAGCAAAAGAGCCCACCACUCCCCAGCCGGAGAACUCCAACACAAACACUUUGUACAGGAAUACAGAUCGGCAACGGAAAAAAUCCAAGAUGACGGAUGAGGAGAUCCUAGAGAAAUUAC